AUGGCUGGCAACGAUCCCUCCACGGACAUCAAAGUCCACAACCCUCAACACCACGAACAUGAUCAUGAUCAUGACCUCAAAUCCUCCCUAGUGGCAGAAGCCAAGUCCGGCGCCGAAGCCGAACAGAGCAUGUCCCUCCGCACCGCUCUCGCGCUGUACCCCAAAGCCAUUCUGUGGUCUGUCCUCCUCUCGUCCACCCUCAUCAUGGAAGGCUACGACCUUGCUCUGCUGGGGAAUUUGUACGCCUCGCAGCCGUUUAACCGCAAGUAUGGCACUUUCAACGCCUCCACUAAGAAAUAUGCCGUCAGUGCUGCCUGGCAGUCUGGCUUGUCGAAUGGUGCGCGAGCAGGCGAGAUUAUAGGCUUGAUACUUGCUGGGUGGACGGUUGAUCGGUGGGGUUAUAAGAAGAGCAUGGUUGGGUUUUUGACCCUGAUGAUUGCGUUUGUCUUUGUAUUGGUGUUUGCGCCGAAUGUGCAGGUUUUGGUUGUGGGAGAGGUCUUGUGUGGUAUUCCCUGGGGUGCAUUCCAAAGCAUUACUCCUGCGUACGCAUCUGAAGUUGCGCCUGUGGUUCUGCGUCCCUAUCUGACCACCUUUAUCAACAUGUGCUGGGUCAUUGGACAGUUCUUUGCUGCUGCCGUCAACAAGGGAUCCAACGGACGCACUGAUGAGUGGGCGUAUAGAAUCCCAUUUGCAGUGCAGUGGGUUUGGCCAGUUCCUAUUCUUGCUGGUGUAUUGUUUGCUCCAGAAUCCCCCUGGUGGCACAUGCGCAAAAAUGACCGCGCAUCCGCAAAAGCUUCCCUCCUCCGCCUCACAUCCCCAGCGCACACGACAUUCGACCCAGACGCCACGCUCGCUCUCAUCGAGCACACCAACGAAAAGGAGCGCCAAAUCAAAGAAGGCGUCUCCUACAUCGACUGCUUCAAAGGCGUGGACCUUCGACGUUCCGAAAUCGUCAUUGGUAUCUGGCUCGUGCAGACGCUUGGCGGACAGAACCUCAUGGGCUACUUCUCCUACUUCCUCACCCAGGCUGGCAUGGACCCCAAGAACAGCUUCUCUUUGUCCAUGGGCCAGUAUGCCCUGGGUAUGGUUGGCACAGCUGGUUCCUGGAUCCUCAUGAGCCGCGUGGGCAGACGCAAGAUUCACUUCAGCGGCCUGUGCUGCCAAUUUAUUCUGCUCAUCAUCGUGGGGUGCCUGUCCUUCUCAAAGGAUAACAACUCGGUGUGGGCGAUUGGUGCCAUGCUUAUUAUUUUCACGUUUGUGUACGACUUCACUGUCGGACCCGUGACGUAUUCCCUUGUUUCGGAGCUGUCAAGCACUCGUCUCAAGAAUAAGACCAUUGUGCUUGCGAGAGCGGCGUACAAUGCGAGCAAUAUCUUUGUUAAUGUCAUGACGAAUUAUCAGCUGAGCUCGACGGCGUGGAAUUGGGGUGCGCGAACGGCGUUUUUCUGGGCCGGUAGUUGUUUGCUUUCCGUUGUGUGGGUGUUUUUCAGAUUACCUGAGCCUAAGGGCCGGACGUAUGCUGAGCUGGAUGAGUUGUUUGAGAGAGGUGUGCCGGCACGGAAGUUUGCAAAGACGCAUGUUGAUCCGUAUGCUGUUGAUGAGAAGCACGACGUCUAA